UGUCAAGGUAUUCCACCUAUAUUAAAUUGUGCAAGACGGGCUCCGGCACACGCUGAGACCAAAUGACCUUUUAAAACAUUCCCUGUCUCAAAACCCCCCAAAAGUGUAAUACUGUAUAUUUUGAUGUGAUUUAGCUCUUGCGCGGGGGUCUACGAACAUGACCGAUGAAGGGUUGUAUACAACGGAUAAUCCUUGCCUGCCGAUUCUUGUGAAUGGUGAAUUGAUGCCUACAGUGCCAGUUCUAGAUCAGCCCUCGUUUCCAGUCUCAUUGAAGGGUAUUAACCGUCAUCUCGUUUGCAAGUUAUCUGCCCCGACUCCUUCAACUACAUCAAGCCCUACAACUUUCGAAUCGACUGCAAAGAUCUUUGUGAUAAAUGAAGACGGGAUUUUUGUUGCAGAUCUACAAGCUGACUUAGACUUCACUUCUAUACCAUCCACUAAAUAUCCCUUUACUAUUACCUAUGACUCCGUGGAGAAGAAGAUCUACUGGACUGACCGGACUGAUAAACGAAUUUAUCGUGCAGAUGAGGAUGGAGGAAACAGAGAGGUGGUCACAUUUGAAGGCACCAAUGCACCAGAAGGAAUUGCGAUCGCUGAAUCAUCUCGCAUGCUGUACAGCACCAGAUUCGUAUCCUCCGGGAAAAUACAUAUAACAUCUCUGGAUAUUGGACAAGGUAUCGCAUUUCCAAGGAAUGAAUCGAUUUUUGUUACUGGAGUUUUCGCUUCUCCCACCUUAGUGGUGGAUGAAGAACAGGGAUUCUUGUAUUGGUCAACGGGUGGUUUCGACAAUAUCGUACGCAAACUUCUCAAUGGAUCUGGAGGCACGGAGACUGUAUACUGUAGCACCACUCGACACAAUUACUACAUGAUGAGCAUUGAUCUCAGCCGAGAUCCACGACGCAUAUUUUACCUAGACGAUGUUGACGAACGAGCUUUCUACAUGGACGUAAACCAACCUCCCACAAUGACUCACGAGCUCACCGACUACAUGCAUGACACUGACUUCGGUGAAGAAGAGCAGCGAAGAAUCCCGAUAGAUAUGAGCUACUUCAAUGGCGCCCUCUACUGGAUCAUGAGAGUCGGACACGUGGGCCAUAUCGCUGUCAUGACUGAUUACGAUCAAAGCAACCGAUCAUUCGACUUGAAUAAACCCCUUGAGAUUGACGAACACUCUAGAAUGCUCAUCAUUAAUGCAAGUCCAUGACCAACAUUUGACAGAAAAGAGCCCGGCUGUAUAUUGUCAUUUGAUUUAGUGUUGUCAACAUUGUCAUUUAUGACGUGGCAAACCACCGCGAAAAAAAAACCGCCGCGUUUUUUGUUGUUGGGUUUUUUCUUUGUUUAAUAGGGUUUUGGUUUCUUUAAUGUGUAAACGAAUGGCAACAAAGGUCCUACGCCUAUCACUGAACUCUGUGUUAUAAGGUACAGAAAUAUGCAGCGUAUUACACUUCAUCAUUACGUCAUCAUAACAAAAAAAAACACCGCCGCAGUUUUGCCACGUCAUCUGAACGAGGCUUUAAGAGACAAGGGGGGAGGGGGGGGGGGUCGACUAUAA